AUGCCCAGCGCGCGGCAUUGCGCCAGUGGCCCGCCGGCGCCGAGAAGUGCGCCUGAACCCGAUAAGAGCAGUUCUCUCGCCUCUCACUGUCGUAGCAGCGAGGAGUCCGCGAUGAGUCGCGAGGAUUGCGCGCAGCUGUCGUGGCUGAAGCAGCAAGACCUCCCAGUCUCGUGCGCUCAGAACGACGAUUCGUGGUACUGCGCGUCGUGGGACCAGUGCGUGAGCAGCGACCAGCUAUGCGACGGAGCUGCGGAUUGUAACGACGAGAGCGACGAGCUGCCGUGGGAGUGCGGGGGAUACGAGGACGGCUGUCCGCCUGACAUGAUCGCCUGUCCAGUCACAACCAUAUCGGACAAGCUAUGGUGCAUCGACCCAUCGUUAGCAUGUGACGGCUCUACCGAUUGCCCUUUCGGUGCCGACGAGUGGCCUGGCUUCUGUGUCGACUUCAACAGCAAAGCCACCUGCCAAGAUUAUCCGAACCAAGUGCUCUGCCCCGACGGCCAGACCUGCGGUUCAGGCAUGGUGUGUGAUGGCAUGGCUGAUUGUCCCUCGGUGUCGAGUGGACCGGACACAGGAGGAGGAGCAGGAGGAGGAGGAGGGUUGGGGGGAGGAGCGAGUGGGGGGUUGUUUCCUUCGGAUGAGGACCAGGAUUUCUGUACGGUGUACGAGUGUCCGGAUGGGUACUGGAAGUGUGGCAACUUGGUACAGUGCAUAGCUGAAACGCUCAAGUGUAACGGCGUGCAGGAUUGCAGCGAUGGGAGCGAUGAAACGGACUGCAGUAACUCGGGUGGUAGCGACACCAGUGGCUCGGGUGGGGGUGACAGUGGCAGUACGGAUUCUUCUCAAGAUGACACGACCUCUUCUGGAGUUGACUCGUCUGGAGAUGACACCAGUGGAGGAGUCACUGCUACCACACCUGAACCUCCCACAACCAAGCAGGUUCCUCCUCAGGUGAUUCCUGGAGCUGGUUCAGUAAGCAAGGCGAUUGGCAACGCACAGGGUGCUGUUAACCAAGCAGCUAAUGGCGCAGCAAAGGCCAUUGGAGCGGUAGCGAAGAAGCUUAUAAAGGGGGGGAGUGCGAGAAAGAAGAAGGUGAACCCAGGGGCAGUAGUGCCGGGGACAGGAGGAGCUUCAGCGAGUGGAGCCACAGGUGCUACCUCAGGUGAUACCUCAGGUGCUACCCCAGGUGAUAACUCAGGUGAUACCGCAGGGGAUACCACAGGUGGCACCGCAGGUGACGGUGCAGGUGAUUCGUCAGGCGAUGCUUCAGCUAAUGGUUCUGGUGAUGCUUCAGGUGAUUCUUCAGGUGGAAACAGCGGAACUGCAACUGGCACAGGAACCUCCUUGGUUGGUGCUCAGAGUAGCCCAACAGGUAGCAGAGGCAGUAAGAAGGGUGGUUCCAAAGGAGGGACUGCGUUUACCACUCGCACUACCCCAGAACCGAAUCUCACUCCUUCCGACCCCUCAGCUGGUUCAAGUGGAGGCAAGAAGGGAGGAAAUGCAGCCUGGAGUGGACAGGAUGGGGGUGGCAGCAAAUCAAAGAGGAAAAAGAAGAAUCGGGAGGGAUUCUGGGCGUGGCUGAAGAAAAAAGCGAAUGAAGCAAAGACGACGGUGCAGGCUGCAGCAGAGAAAGGUAAGAAGCAGGGUGCGGCACAGCUGAAGAAUGUGCAGCAGAAAGGGGGGGCGAAGAAAAUGCAGGGAAAGGCUGCAGCCCAGGCGAAGCAGGUGCAAGCGAAGGUCGCACAGAAGACGAAGCAGGGGCAGCAGAACAGGAAGGUGCAGGCAAAGAAGGGCUAG